AACCUCAUCACAUACCUGUUUCAUUUUUUAUAUUGACAUGACAGAUGCAACCGGAGCAGCAGCUGAAGCUGAAGGGGCAUAGAACAAAAAGAAAGAAAAAUCGAAAAGUAUUUUCGACAAGAAAAAGUUAUUCAUUUUUACCAAAUAAAUCGACCUAAUUUAAACUCGCUGAUUGCUGAUGAUAAAUUUGUGGGAAGAGAAGAAAAAAGCCAAAGACAAAAACACCACUUCCACCACCACCGCUACCAACACCCCGCAUUUCAUUCGAAGAUCGAAGUUCUGCUUAAUGAUGGCUACACCCCAGAGCCCCACAAGAAUGUUUAAUGGUUUGAACGAGGAUGAUGCCCUUUAUUCGGAUGCCAAGUAUGCCCACGAAAUCAAUGACAAGAUGCGUGUCCCCAAGCGCAUCAGAGCAACUGGCGAAUUCUCCGACGAGGACUUGCUCCUCUCCAAUCAAAACGGCAUGAUGAACUCUUGGAAUUACCAUGACAAAAUCGAUAUGAACGUUCCGGAUCGAAUUGUUGUGUUGGGACACGAGGAGCAUCUGGGCACUCGUUCUGCUCCGCGUGAGAUAAUGCUCGAAAAUUCGAUUUUGCCAAAAGACCCUGGCUUUGUGCGUGUUGCCACACCUCCACGAGUCAUCACCCUAAACGAUCAUCACUUCCCGUCUGCCUCAGAUGAGAACUCGCCCAACAACAAUCGCAAUUUUCAGAAUGACUCAGAAUCCCCGCCUCCCUACGUUCGAGCAGAUGCUUCCGCAAUCACAAUGGGCUUUCAUCCGAACCGCACAAGCUCCCGGGCUGAAUCUGAUUCUGAGGCGGUUACAACAUCGACAUCUGGCAUCGGCAAGAGGGUAUUGAGCCAAUACAACAAUGAUACGUCUCUGGUCAAUCACAGAGAAGGAACACCCAUCAUGGGCGAAUUGACACCACCCGAGGAAAUUCUGUACUUGCGCCGGCAACUGGCCAAGCUAAAUCGACGAGUCCUUUCGAUAGAAAUCGACAAUGUGCAGCGAUCCCAGCGGGAGAAGAUUGUCUAUUGCAUGGGCCUGGCCUAUUUCCUCCUAAAGACCAUUUUCUGGUUGAAUCGUAACUAAGGACAAGCUCCACACCACACACACACUAUUCACUAGAAAGAGAAAUAAUUGUUAUUAGCAUUUAGAUAGUACCUACCUACCUACCCACUCGGAAAAUUUAUAUAAAAAGGAACUAGGAACUGGGAUGAUCCUUAUAGCGAUAAACGAAGAUCGAGGACGAGCGUCGGACAAACGAAGCAUCAUCUCAGGAAUAAUUCCAAAUGCUCAUCCAUUCAACCUCCUUCUUGAUUUUUGCCUAUCCCCCAAAAUUGAGCCCCUUUCACGCCAAUUUGUCUUCAGUGACAAAAUGUUGUAAGCCGACUUUAUUGAGAUGAAAUGGCAGUUAGAGGCUCGAUACUUUUCGAUAUCGAUAUUUCCUUUCUAGAACAAGAAUGUUGUAGUAUAUGUAUGUCGCGCUCGCCGAGAGUGGGACUGGGACAUAUGUGUAGCUUCAUUUACUUAGCCAGUAAGAUUGAAAUUGAAGAUUAAUAUUGUAUGGACACGGAUAGAGAAGAAACAAAAAACUAAAAGAUUGUCAAAACAAAAUAUUAUUCAAAAUUGUUGUUAAAAAUAUUAACUUAUUUAAGUUUGUUUUUAUUUUUAUUCUUCGUGUUGUCUAUCAUCAUAAAAAUUUUGUUUAAAAGUUGUAAAUGUUUGUUUUUUUAUUAAACAGAAAAUCGAAAGAUAUGGCGCGCCACAUAAAUAUAUACAUACAAAUAAUGUACUAACAUUAAACACACAUUUUAAAAUUAUACAAAUUUUCCUAAGAAAAAAAAAAACAAAAUAUUAUUAUAGAUUAUAAAUAGCGGAAUAAUAAUAAAGUCUUGAAUUUUAGUCACAAUAAAAUGAUAUUAAAUAAUUGAUACAA